AUAUAUAUAUAUAUAUAUAUAUAUAUAUAUAUAUAUACACAGUUGUAGAUGACGCCACUAUAGCUCUACUAUAUCGCGUGUGAUCAUUCAAUCUUCUUUAAUUAAUAUUUCGAGAAUAUUUAUUACGAAUAUCGCAAAACGAUAUGGAACUUUUAUAUUCAUCUCAAUCCGUUCUACGUUCCUACAAAAAUUGUAGAGGAGAAUCUGAGACACCCUGUAUAUCGUUUCGAGUAAAAUUUCAAGAGUAUGAUAUAUAUGUCACAGAAUAAGGCGGUACAUUCGUGAUCAAAAUAAAAAUAAUAGCUUAUAAAGGAAUUUCGACGAACGUUGGUCCAUUAAAAUCACUCGUUGCCUUUUUCGACACGACUUUUACGCUUCAGAACAGUGGCGUGACAAAAUAGAAGUGUACGAACGCCCUCCGUCCCGGAGCGUAAAAAGGGAGGCCUGGUGGGAUGAGGCACAAGGGAGAAAAGCUCAUGCCAAGCUUUCUCGUACCUCGAGAGCGAGUCAGUGCAGCGCGAUUCAGUCGGUCGUAGCGCGCUGACUCGCUCGGGAGUUGUUCGUCGGAGGGAACAAGGUGGCUCGCGCGACCUAUUCGCCAAACUUCACUCAUUUACUUGGACGGUUUCUGCAUAUUUAUUUUUCUAUUUAUUUAUUCGUAUUAUAUUAUAUGUCCAAAGUGUCUUUGACGUGAAGGCGAGCAGCUCCGAGCACACCUCAAGUUUCCCUCUUCGAUUCUCACACUCGCGCAUUUGACCACUUUCCGUUCGUUCUAUUCAUGACGAAUUUCCCUUUUGUCCGGUCCAAGAUAAUUGUGCGUCCUGAAGAAAUCGAAGAGGAAGAAAGGAAGAAAGUGCCGUCGUAUAGGCGCGGAACGUGAGAAUCCCGAGAGGAGUCGACGGCCCGACGCCGCUGCUAUUUCGAGGCUGAGACGCACCGGUUGUCGUCGAAUGCAUUGUAAAACGAGAAAAUCGUACAAUUGACGUGAGAAAGCAUGAGAUCGAGAGAUUCGAUCGUAUAUACGCCAGUGUCCCUUGGACCUGACACCGAUGAUGAGGAGACGUUGGUCAACGCGGAAAUCUAUAACAAUGAUUUGGCGCAGAUACGAGCGUUGGUCGAGUCAACGGGAAUGCUGGGCGGUUCCACUUGUCCGUCAUGCGAGAUGCCGUUCGACAAGGGCAAGAAGCGUCGUCUGAUCGACUCCUGCGGACACGAACGUUGCUACUCCUGCCUCUUUCGCAGCGAAGCCUGUCCGCUCUGUCUGCGCGGCACCGAUCUCAACGAUGGCGACGGGUUCGAGGAGCCGUUCGGGGACGAGUUCGCCGCCUCCUCGGCUCCGUUGUCCAUCUUCGCGCCUACGGACGGCUGGCUCGACGAGUCAUCGACGGUCAACUCUCUCUGCGGGAGCCCCAGGCCACGCACAAAGAUCACCACUAGGGCUAAUCUACCAUCGCGAGUUAUUCACCAACGAAGCGGGGAAGAAAAUCUUGCAUCGACAGCUAUGGCUAAAAGUUCGAAAUGCAGGCCACCAGCAUUUUUAGAUUCCUCCGUCUCCCAAACUCGACAGAAACUUCAAAUGACACAAAGUUGUCCCACACCACCGAAUCAACGAAAAAGAUUCUUCCUCAACGCAAAAGUACUCAGAAGUUCUUUCGCUCCACAGAGAUCUUCAAGACGUACAACAUCCUCGCCCGAACCGAUCGCAAAUGACAACCCCUCCGCGUUAUCAGUUUGGAUGACCACUUCGUGGGAGGGAAAAGCGAGAUGGCCUGGCGUUGUCUUAGGGAAAAUCAAGUCCCUGUGGAACAGCAGUCAAGGCACAGCUAACGAUGGGCUGAAUCAGCUUAUUGGUUCGUCGAAUAAAGCUGCAGACGACGAGGGCGGUUGCGUGAAGCCGCUUUCUUCAAAAACCAGGAAGUCGUCGCAGUCGGACCUUUAUAUGAGAUUAGGUCUGUUAUUGGGAUCUGGACGAGCAAACGCGAAUGCAGAACCAGACACAUGUCCUACGCGAGUUCCGGUGCAAGGACACGAUAGCUCUGCGGCUUCCUUCAGUAGUCUGACUAGCUUCGAAACACAGACAUUAGCCUCGACAAACACGAGUCCAGUGUCUACGUUGACGGGCACUUCAAGCGAGGCGGAAGCCGCAGCGGCGCUACGAUGCCCUAUGAAGCCAAAAGUCAAAGCAAAGGGUAAAAUUAAAUCCAGGGAUUGCGACAGCGCUGGCAGCUUAGCGUCCAUUUCUACGUCGUUAUCCGCGUCCACGUCGAUGUCCAUGUCUAUGUCGGUGUCUGUCUCGGGUUUGUCAAAUGGCAGUUCUAGCCCACUCACGUCCAGAAGACAUUCCGUUAAUACUGCGCAAGCAGGUCAAGCAGACGAACUCGGUCAAUUCAAGAAUAGGCGAUCUUGCAUCAGGAGAUCAGCAAAAAGUAACAAUUUCAAGGGACCAAUGGACGCUAAACUACGCUUCGCUCAGCAUCACGCGACGCAGUUAACACUGAAGCCAUUAUUCUUCGAAGUACCGUUACUAGAGGAGGACCCGCUUUUCGCGGGACGACAAUGGCUAUUACACGAAUUGGAAUCCAUGAUUAAUGGCUCCAGUUCUGGUAUCUUGAUCUCUGGAUCACCUGGGACGGGAAAAACCGCGCUUGUUCUACAGCUGGUUGAACACAGUUGUUUUGGUAGAAGAAGGGAACAGCCCAUAUCUUUGGAAGCAACCGAAGAAUUUGACGAGAAAAAGACGCAGAAUAACAGUACGACUUUGCGAGUUAACAUUCGGCAUACGAAUGAAAAGGUCCGCGAAUUAGCCUCGCAUGUCGUGGCUUAUCACUUUUGCCAAGCUGAUAAUAACAGUACCUGCGUAGUACCGGAUUUAAUUCACUCGUUAGCGGCCCAACUCUGUCAGGCUCCUCAAUUGAUCUCGUAUAGAGAGUAUCUUCUGUCCGAGCCUCAUCUUCAAGGCUCACUGUCGCAAAGGGAAUGCACAGUCGAUCCAGAUCUCGCGCUUUCCAGAGGUAUUAUUGAGCCACUUUCGACUCUGAAGAAAGCGAACAGAUUACCACUUUCCAAUAUGGUGAUAUUAAUCGACGCUGUUUGCGAGGCCGAAUAUCACAGACCAGACAGAGGAGAUACUAUAGCUUCUUUCCUGACCAGACACGCACCUAACAUUCCUAGUUGGCUAAAGAUUGUUUGUACAGUCAGGACGCAAUUGUUAGAUUGUACAAAACAACUACCCUACACAAGGAUCUCGUUAGACAGAACUACGAAUGACGUCGUUGGUAAUGGCGUCGCAAGGGACUUGUCUGAUUAUAUCAAUUAUAGGCUCGAGCAAAGUCCUUCCAUACAGGCGAACGUAACUGCGUCAGUAAACGGCAAGGCGGAAUUAUCAUGCAAUGCAAGUCAGAUGAGAUUUGCUUCGCAUUUGCUCGCGUUGACUAAAGGAAGUUUUCUUUUUGCCAAGUUGACGCUCGAUCUCAUCGAGAGUGGCCAUUUAGUCGCCAAAUCCGCGAGUUAUAAGGUUCUACCAGUUUCUCUUGCACAAAUCUUUCAGUUGCAUUUUAAUUUGAGAUUUCCCACAGCAGCUUCGUUCGACAAAGUGCAACCUCUUUUAGCCGUCUGUCUGGCGGCUUUGUAUCCACUGACUCUACUUGAAAUUUUCUACUCUGUAAAUUCUUUAAAUACAAACCAUUUUAUUUCGUGGGAAGAUUUUUUACAAAGAUUCAAGAUGCUCUCUGGCUUUCUCGUGAAACGCUUGGAUGACACAUACAUGUUCUUCCACCCAUCGUUCAGAGAAUGGCUGAUGAGAAGGGACGAAGCAGAAUCGACAAAAUUUCUGUGUGACUACAGACUCGGACAUGCGGCAAUAGCGUUCAGACUGUCCCGCCUUCAAGCGCCGUUGGAUGGCGACAAGGCCUUGGAACUGGGCCAUCACGUGCUGAAAGCGCACGUUUACCGAAACGUAGCUCAAUGUUUACCCUCGCGCGAUUUACAAGCAAUCUGGUUAACUUCGUCGAGCGAAUGCGUCUCUUCGGCAUUGUGCAUGCUUCGAAACAUCUACAGUCCCAACGUGAAAGUAUCGCGAUUGCUCUUGCUGGCGGGCGCAUCUCCGAAUCAUAUUACUGAGUAUUUAGGCAAUGCACCGGCUCUAUGCAUGUAUGCGCAUGAGGGUUCCGUUGAGAUGGUGUCGCUUCUUCUUGAGUUUGAUGCCGAUGUCGAACUGACCAACAGUCAGGGUUGUACUGCGCUAUCACUCGCAGCUGCCCGAGGCCAUUGCGAUGUUGUCAGAAGACUGGCUGCCGCUGGAGCGUUAUUGGGACAUGCUGAUAUGGCCGGUCAGUGUCCUCUGGUGCACGCGGCAAGACAUGGAAGAUUAUCUGUAGUCGGAUACCUUCUCGCCUGCGAUUGGAUCGUGUCUACCGGCGAGAACAAAACGGAAAAUGGUUUUGUGGAAGUAGGCAGAAAGGAAGCCGCUCAACAAGCCGUUGUCGCGGCUGCGUCGCAGGGCCACGAAGCCGUUGUGGAGUAUCUUCUGGAUAUGGCCGAGGUUAUCAUAGAUCGUCCCGAUACAUUGAUUGGUGAAACCGCUUUGACGCUCGCCGCUGCGAACGGUUCGACCGCAACGGUUUCUGCUCUUUUAGCUCGUGGUGCUAAUCCGAUAGCUGUUAAUGCAAAAGGCCUUUCCCCUUUAAUGCUCGCCGCUAGAGAAGGGCACUGGGGUACUGCUGAACGGCUUUUACAAAGAGUUUUGUCCGUUAGCACAGACGCUGUGUCAGACGAAGCUUUAUCGCUUUUGGAACAGCGCGAUCUCGCUGGCCGUACUGCGUUAAUGUUUGCCGCCUCGGAAGGUCACACCAAUCUGAUUGACUUACUCCUCGAUAAAGAAUCAAUCUUAGAAACAAGAGAUAAAGAUGGUCUCACCGCUCUUUGUUGGGCUUGCGUCAGAGGACGUGUGGCUGCCGUGCAAGUUUUGCUGGACCGCGGCGCCGAUGUCAGUACCAACGACAACACCGGUAGAACUCCUUUGGAUUUAGCCGCAUUCCAGGGUAAUCCAAAAUUAGUGCAGCUGUUGCUCGAGAAAGGUGCCGCAGUGGAACACGUUGAUCUCCAUGGUAUGCGGCCUCUGGAUCGAGCUAUCGGUUGUCGUAAUAUACCGGUGGUUCAAUGCUUCUUGCGUCGUGGCGCUAAACUGGGUCCUGCUACAUGGGCCAUGGCAGCUGGGAAACCGGACGUUUUGAUAAUCCUGUUGAAUAAACUCUUGGAGGAUGGCAAUGUGUUGUAUCGGAAAAAUCGGUUGAAGGAAGCGUCGCAUCGAUACGCGUACGCUCUUAGGAAGUUCCCAGCUUCGCCGGAAGAAGAUUGCCAGGGACAGGAGCAAGGUCACAUGAUGCUGCAGCUUCAAACUUUUACGCAGCUUCACUUAAACUUUCUAUUGAAUCUCAGUCGAUGCAAACGCAAAAUGAACGAACACACCGAAGCGAUUGACCUCGCUGACGAAGCUCUCAACGUUCGGUCGAUAUCUUACGAAGCAUUCUAUGCCAGAGCUAAAGCACGCGUGGAUUUGGGUUUGCUCGAAGACGCCCUAUCGGACGUUCAGGAAGCUCUGCGAAACACACCUGCUCAUAACAGACAAGAUCGUAGGGUACUUACGAGCUUGAAAGAAGAGAUUGUCUCUCGAAUUGAUGGUGCUGGGUCCAGUAAGGGAUAUACUGAUUGCAUCACUAGAUCUCGCUUGCGGGCGUCAGUAGAUACUCUCACGGAAUUGUAACGGCACUUGUAAUGGUUACUACAACGUGGAUAAGUUAAGACUACACAUAAUCGUUUCGAGUGUCGAUUAUAAUAAUUUACUAUAACUAUUAAUAUGCCCAGAGAAAGUGACUCCGAAUUCAUGAUCGAAUUUAAGGAACAGCCGAACGAAUUUUGUGCGGCCUGAAGCCUUCUAAAAACUUUUAAACGUGGAGUCUCGUGCUAGUACUAAUGAAACAUAUUAAUUAAUGAUGAAAAUUCAUCGCAAAAAUCGAAAAUCCAAUAUCUUAAUAUUUGGAUCUUAAAUACGUCUCUAUCAUAGUUUAUAAAACGAGAAGUAUAUUAAGCGUCCUUGACAUAUUUCGCGUCGUAUAUGUUAUUACGAAUAAUUUAUUAUUUAGAUAUUUAAACUUUUACGUCGUCCAAGAAUGCAUUCAACGCGAGAGUAGUUGAUUCGAUUUUAACUGCACAUUCUCAAUGUAAGUUACGCGCGUACUUCCUGAAAAUUCCUUAAUAUUCUUACAGUAUCUACGUAUCUUGCCGAAUAUAAGUAUUUUUAAACAGUACACGUUUCAGAGUAACAACAAUUACUCAAUUCUAACAGAAACGUGGCAAUUUGUAUAUUGUCCGGUAAAAUGCGUCGAUCGAAAUAUCACAGUAGGAUUGCAGUAAGAGUCGUUAUAGCAGAAGCAAGUCGUAUAUUGACUCUUUCGUUACGGUCUGCUUAAAACUGACAACGUCUAUGUUAUACAAAACGUAAUAAUUACUGUUUUAUGUAGUAAGUAUGUAAGACGUUAACACCGUGUGAUGCAAAUGAUUCUAAUGUUCAUAAUUUUUAUAUAGAUUUUUAUACAGAUUUUAUACGGAUUUAUACGAUCUUCGUAUAUAUUGUAUUUUUUACAAAACUGUCAUGCAGGUUUUCAUAUAUAAACGACUAUUUGUGUACAAAUACGUACACGUCUUCGGAGCGAGAGAGUUAACUGAUGUGAUACUCAAACGUUGGUUGAUUGUUAUAGUAUGGGAUAUUUUGCAACCAUAAUGUUAGCAACAAUGCUUACAUGUUGGCAAUAGACCACUAAGCUGCCUGUUUAAAGGUGAUUUUAAAAGCACGGAGGACAUCCUACUUUCGUUCUGUUACACUAGUAUAUAUUAUUAUUUAUUUACAUUAUAAAUUUUUAAGUUGAUUAUGAAUUGAAUGAAUUGAAUUGAAAAAUUUACAUGUCUGUGCUCACGCACGUAUGCACACACAUACAUGUAUACGUAAUUAUGUAUUAUAUCGAUAUAGUAAUUGGUUUUAGAGAGUAUAAUUCUAAUUAAAAAUAACUAUUUAAUUGUUU